GCCUGGGGCGGGGCCGGAGUUCCAAGUCCUGGGGGAAGCAAAUACCAGUCUAAACAAACGCUCCGGAGCGUUCGGGUGGCAAGCAUUACCGGAGCGCGGAACUACAUUUCCCAGCGGGCAUCGGGUUCGGGGGUCCUUUCCCGUGGCCAGGACCGCAAGAGUCGCCACCGCCGUGGGUGCUGAUGAGCUUUUCAAGAUGUUCAGCAAAGAAUCUUGUGGGAAAAAAGAGAAGUCUCGGAGAAAAGGUACCACUUCGACACCCUACUUUGGUGAAAAAGCAUUCUUAUGACAAGAAAGAGAAAAAAAUCUCAGCAAAUUCUGCUAGUUCAGCUUGCUCUAUAAGAUCAAUUCCAUCAGAGAAGAGAAAACUGAAAUCAGAUCAUACAGAUAUUCUGUACUGUAAUACAAAAAGAAGACAAGAACUGAAAAGAUUGAAUGUUGAAAUUGAGACUCCCAGAAAGAGACCAAAAAUCAGUUCUUCAUCCGAAGGACCUACUAAACUCCAAGAAGCAUCAUAUUCAAAUGAUCAAAUUAUUUCACAGAGUCCUUCUUCAAAUGGAACUAAAAAAGAUAUAAGUAAAUGUGUAGAUCUUAAACUUAAAGAUAUUAAAUUGACGAAUGUUAGGAGUAAGUUUGACCAUGGAAUUAAAAACCUUAGCAGUUCUAAGAUUGCCAACGAUGUGAAACCUAAAGCUGAAAGCCAAGCAAAUGAAAAGAAAUGGCCUCAUGUACUUGCUCAGAGGGAGAAGAUGAAAGAACUCAAGAAAGAAAGGAACAAUAAAUUUAGAGACAGUUCUGAAAAAUAUGUCUUGGAGAAAUUCAAGAGAAAUCAAUUUUCUCAGGAAUAUAAUUCCAACAAAAUAAUUAAGGAACACUUUGAAUCUAGAAGAAGGAAGAUUAGUUUCAAAAUCCCAAUAAAAUCCUGUGAUUCCCUCCAGAGGCUUGUAGAGGAAAAUGUCUUCAAUUUAGAUUUCAGCAAGUCAGAGACUAAGCAGGAAGGAAAAGAAUGCCCGGAAAGCUCCCAGAUUUCAUUAAAUUUAACUAGGCACAAAACACAACAUUUGUUUUCAGAUUCCACAUAUAAGCAGACUGUUCAUGAGUGGAAAGGAAAAUAUCACCGUGAGCCUCAAGAAAGUAAUGAUUCAAAUUCUAGUGAAAACCUAACGCAGAGUUUUGAAGCACCAUGUUCUUCAGGGGCAUCUGAAAAUAUUCAAGAUACAGAUCAAGAGAUGCAGAUAGUAGAAGAGCUUCAUGCUGCACGUUUGGGAAAAACUUUGGAUUUACCUGUGGUUCCGCCUUCUGGGGAGUUAAUGAGUAUGGAAAUUGACUUGGUGGAAGAUGAUGCACAUUCUUCUGCUGCAGAUACUACAGACAAAAAGCUUCUAAUUGUUAUUGACACAAACAUUCUGAUGAAUCAUCUCAAAUUUGUUAGAAUUUUGAAGACAACAGAAAUACCAGGUUUUGACAAACUUGUAUUAAUAAUUCCCUGGGUUGUUAUGCAAGAGCUAGAUCGUAUGAAGGCAGGAAAACUACUAAAACAUGCUCAGCACAAAGCCAUACCUGCAGUUUAUUUCAUCAGUGACAGUCUCAAAAAUAAAGAUAGAAAGCUAUGGGGUCAAUCAAUACAACUUGCAUCUCAAAAGCUUUAUGGAUUGAGUGAUGAAAACAAUGAUGAUCGAGUAUUAAAAUGCUGUCUUCAGCACCAGGAAUUAUUCCCUUGUUCUCUUGUUAUUCUGUGCACGGAUGACAGAAAUUUAAGAAACAAAGGCCUCAUAAGUGGUGUGAAGUCACUCAGUAAAGAAGAAUUGAGUGCAGAGUUAUUAAACUUAUCUCUGAACACAGAUGUAUGUCAUCAGCCUUGUAUUUCUAAGCAACAAUUGAAUGCAGAAGCAACACUCUUGGGAGAGAGCUAUGAGAAAGAAUCUACAAAUUCUGGACUGUCCAUUCUACUUGAAGGCAUCAUAUCUGAUCUUGAAAAAUCUCUUGGAACAGCUCUAUCUUCAAUAUUAGAAACAGAAAUGAAAAUUGCUUUUGGAAACCUCUGGAUGGAGAUGCUGUACUUGAAACCACCAUGGACUCUCAUACAUUUAUUACAGUGCUUUAAAAAACAUUGGUUGGCUGUAUUUGGAUUAGUUAUGGAAAAGAACUUGCUUUUAACUAUUGAGAGCCUAUACGAAAAUCUCCAUAAAGCCAAUAAUACAGUGGAUUUUACAACAGUAAAAUUUCUGCUACAAGAUUCUAAAACUUUGUUACAUGCUUUCAGUACAAGGUCAAAUUAUGAUGGUAUUCUUCCACAGGCCUUUGCUCAAGUAAACAAACUUCUCCAAACAUUUGCAGAGGUCAAGACAAAACUUAAGCCAAAUUCUUCUGAAAACACAGUGAAUAAAAAGCAGGAAGAUACUUCUUCAGUGAAGUCUCAUAACCAAGAAAUCACUGUUUUCUCGGGUUCUCAUCUUCCCCAACCCAACAGACAUCAAGAAAUCUGGUCUAUCCUAGAGAAUGUUUGGAUUAUAAUAUAUCAGAACAGCAUGGAUGUGUUUCAAAGAUUGGGCUCAAAUUCAGCUCUGACUACUUCAAAAAUAGCUUCAUUUGAAGAAGCAUUUAUUUAUCUUCAAAAGUUAAUGGCAGCUGUGAAGGAUAUUCUUGAAGGAAUUCAGAGAAUUUUGGCUCCUAACAGUAAUUAUCAAGAUGUUGAGACCCUCUAUAACUUCCUAAUCAAGUAUGAGGUAAAUAAAAAUGUCAAAUUUACUGCCCAGGAACUUUAUGAUUGUGUUUCUCAAACUGAGUAUCGGGAAAAGUUAACCAUCGGCUGCUGCCAGCUGGUCGAGAUGGAAUAUACCAUGCAGCAGUGCAAUGCGUCUGUCUACAUGGAGGCCAAAAACAGGGGAUGGUGUGAGGACAUGCUUAACUAUAGCACAUAAGUGCUGAUUUGUAACUUAAAAGGAAUUGCGUUUGUCUUCAAGAAUAACAGAGUAACUUUCAACCUGGUCACUUUUUUGAGUCAAACCCAAGAGAAUUUUAAGAAAUGUUUCGUAAGUACAGAAAGGUGAUUGCCUAUUACUGACAAUCUCAGUGAAGCUCUAAAAAGCCUAAUGCAUCCCUUGUGGGAUAAACCGUGGACUCCACUCUUCUGGAGCUGACAAUACCUCCCUACCUCUACUCCUGAUACUGAGCCAGUAAUCUGUAAGGAAAAGAGAGCCAUCUUUUCAGUCUUCCUGGGGCAGGAGGCACUGUGGCGUCUGAGGAAGGCCCAAGGCAUUAGCAUCUCUCUCAACCCUAAGUGUAGGCAUGUGACCAGAGACACUGCCAAACCCUAGGAAAGAAUUAGGCUAGGACCAUGCUUACCACAUUCCACAAAUGAAAUCUUACCAUGGCUGUUUUAUGAUCAAACUGAUCCAUGUGGACCUGGUGAAAAUAAUACCCACCACCACCACCUCCCUCAAGGUAAUGAAAGAAUUUGACUUCAGCUCCUACUUCCCAUACCGCCUCUUCUCUUCUUCUCUGGGCUUGUCUCUUUUCAGUGCAUUUCUAAUGGAGAAGAGCAGGGUGACCCCUAUGCUGAGUUUCUCCUUAAAUGUGAAGUAGUAUGGAUUUAUGUGCUUAAAUGUGAAGCAGUGACUGAUGUUUGCCACUGGCUAAAACCAAGGGUUUCAUUGACUUAUUUCUUAUUGAGUUGACCAGUAAGUUGGAAAUUCCUGUUUACUGGUGUGUGUUAUGCUUUUGUUAAUACAUCAGAGUAAAUCCAAUUUGGUAUUCUAUAAUAAAUGUUUAUUUUAAAAAAUAAUAAAUAAUUUUUAAUUAAGAUUUUGCUUUCAUUUUAUUUCUAAAUUAUAUUUCCAAAAUGUGUAUAAAGUAUGAUUAUAAAAGUCACCUCCAAUAAAA